AUGAAGCCCUCAAACAAAAGCCGGCGCAACGCGGGCGGGCUUCCCCCCACUGGCAGGCCCGCACACAGCAUGUCCAACCCGGAGGGUCGGUCCAGCAGUAGCAUGGGUCCUGUCCCGCAGCUGGACUUGAGGCAGGCAGCGGAGGGAGCGCGUGCUGCGGAAGGUGGUCAGCUAGUCUACGGGCCUCUCCCCAGUGCCAUGGACACCACCCGAAGCCAGCACUUCGCAAACUGCAGCGACUGCAUGCUGCCUUGCAAGAUCUUUUUAGGCCUUAGCGCACCCAAAGAGACCAAACCCCUCCCACCAGUACGUUCCUCAUCGAAGCAGUCGUGCCCUCCUCAGCGACACACUGGGCCAGAGACUGGCGGUUCGUCCCGGUCAGGCCGCAGUGUGUCCAUUGGUCAUUCCAUGGGUCGCACUGUCGCCAGUGUCCAGAGACAGGCGAGCCACGCUAGGCCUGCGCUAAUGGCUACACGCCCACCUGGAGCCUCUGCUAAUGUAGGAGGCAGCACCACUGCGCAGCCUUCGCAAGCCACUUACUUUAACCAGACCCGGCAGGGCAUGAAUUACCCGCUGGUAAGACCAGCAGCGUCAUUAUUUAGACCAGAUCUUGGCCCUGUAAUAACUCCACUGUAUGGGGGUCAAGUGGCCAACCCAAUGGUCGCAGCAGUGCAGGCCACGAAUGGGGUCACCGCCUCUGGCGCCUCCCCGCCCUACCCUACAGCAGGCCCAGGGUUGUCGUCAUCACAUUCAACAGCUACAGCAAGGGCAGGGGCCGCAUCUUCUGCUCAACUUGCUGCGUCAUACGCACCGUACACGGCGCAACGCAACCGUGGGGGGCAAAUGGAGAUUUUUAUGGGCCCGAGUGGAGAGAUUUACCAGAGGGCUCCAGCUGUUGGCAGCAACAGGGAUACUGCGGCACCCAUACUCAUGCAGCCGGCAGGCCUGUGCAGGACCGCGUCAGCUGCUAGCGUUGACCGCUCACGCAGUCUGUCUAAGGCACCUAUGCCAGUAGUUAUAGUCCCCGGGCGCUCGCAGAGCGUGGCGCCACCUGUUCCGCCAGUGCAAACAGCAGCUCUCGUUGGCCGUGAUGGUAUAUUUGACAAGACAGGAAUGACUAAUGCCACACUUGGGGCAUCGGAGAGAAAGAGUGGAGGAAGGUUAAAUGAGGACCAGCCGCCUCUUGAGCUUGAUGCUUCUUUAAGAGACGUACUUGACGGGCAGAUGCUUUCAUCUCGAUCCCGACGCUUGGCCAUGGAACUUAAGGCCGCGCGAGAGCAAUGCAGAACAAUUCAGGAGGGCUUCAAAGAAGAAAAUACCCAAUUGAAAGAAGAGAAUGAACGGUAUGACCAAGGCACGCUGGGGAACUGGAAGUUCAUGCUCCCCUUCACUGGGAACAGCCUGGUUGCCAAACUGGAUGCGUCAUGUGGCGGAGAGGCUCUCGUAGACGUGUGCUCUGGGCUAAUUACAGAUAUCUUGGACUCCCGCUCUGGUUGGAGAGUGGUGAAAGACUCUGCAUCUGUAGAAGGUGAACGUGGCAGCCGCGUGAAAAAAGAUAUAGGUCCUUCCGUGCCUCAGCUCAUCGCAAAGUCGGAGCAGCAGGGGGUGGAACCGCAACACUAUCACCCUGCCGUGAACGAUCGUGAGAGCCUCGGGAAUGGCUCCGAGACUCUCGAAGAUCGCUCAAAGAUAGAAAAACCUCCAUAUGAAACUGCACAGCACAAGCUUGCAAGCAAAGAUAUAUUGAAUGACCCUCGUUCAUUGUCUAAAAGCAAUUCUGUGCUGGGGGAACCUGCAUCAGCGACACAGUUUGCUACAAGGGCGGGGCCCCAUACAGAAGCGCCAGAAGUUGGCCGAGACGCAGGCCAACCCGGCUAUGAGAAACAGUCCCUAGAAUGCCAGAACAAGACGCGAACAGAGAACGACGGGACAGGCAUCAACGCGGCAACCACAGGACAGGAUGAACAGACGAGCACAGCAGUGUUUCGCGAACCCGAACCCAAGGGCGAAGAGGAAGCACAAGACGCAGCCACCACAAAUGCCGCUAUAGAGGAACCUCACAAAGAAGAACGAGACAUGUAUGAGACUGUAGCUAAUAUCACACAUACGAGAACUGCACCGGCGGCUGAAUCCAGUGCGGAACCUGGGCCUGCGUUGCUUGCGAAGAAGUCGAUGGGCGUGUUGCCUAAGAAGGCAGCGGAACCUGGCGCGAAGGCGGCGGCGGAACCUGGUGUUAAGGCAGGGAAGGGCGAGUCAGAGGCGAAGGCAGCAGAAGGCGGCGAUGCGAAGAGCGUGUCUGGGGUCGAUGCGAAGGCUGGACCUGUUGCGUCGUCGAAGGCAGGGCCUGGGCCUGUGUUGCUGACGAAGAAGUCGAUGGACGUGUUGCCUAAGAAGGCAGCGGAAGCUGGCGCGAAGGCGGCGGCUGAAGCGGGUUUGAAGGCAGGGGAGGGCGAGUCAGAGGCGAAGGCAGCAGAAGGCGGCGAUGCGAAGACUGGACCUGUUGCAUCCUCAAAGGCGAGUCCUGGGCCUGCGUUGCUUGCGAAGACAUCGAUGUGUUUGUUGCCUAAGAGGGCAGCGGAACCUGGCGCGAAGGCGGCGGCUGAAGCGGGUUUGAAGGCAGGGGAGGGCGAGUCAGAGGCGAAGGCAGCAGAAGGCGGCGAUGCGAAGGCUGGACCUGUUGCGUCGUCGAAGGCGGGUGCUGGGCCUUUGUUGCUUGCGAAGAAGUCGAUGGGCGUGUUGCCUAAGAAGGCAGCGGAAGGUGGCGCGAAGGCGGCGGCUGAAGCGGGUUUGAAGGCAGGGGAGGGCGAGUCAGAGGCGAAGGCAGUAGAAGGCGGCGAUGCGAAGAGCGUGUCUGGGGUCGAUGCGAAGGCUGGACCUGUUGCGUCGUCGAAGGCGGGUGCUGGGCCUGCGUUGCUUGCGAAGAAGUCGAUGGGCGUGUUGCCUAAGAAGGCAGCGGAAGGUGGCGCGAAGGCGGCGGCUGAAGCGGGUUUGAAGGCAGGGGAGGGCGAGUCAGAGGCGAAGGCAGCAGAAGGCGCCGAUGCGAAGGCUGGACCUGUUGCAUCGUCGAAGGCAGGGCCUGGGCCUGCGUUGCUUGCGAAGAAGUCGAUAGGUUUGUUGCCUAAGAAGGCAGCGGAAGGUGGCGCGAAGGCGGCGGCUGAAGCGAGUUUGAAGGCAGGGGAGGGCGAGUCAGAGGCGAAGGCAGCAGAAGGCGGCGAUGCGAAGAGCGUGUCCGGGGUCGAUGCGAAGGCUGGACCUGUUGCGUCGUCGAAGGCGGGUGCUGGGCCUGCGUUGCUUGCGAAGAAGUCGUUAGGUUUGUUGCCUAAGAAGGCAGCGGAAGCUGGCGCGAAGGCGGCCGCUGAAGCGGGUUUGAAGGCAGGGGAGGGCGAGUCAGAGGCGAAGCCACCAGAAGGCGGCGAUGCGAAGAGCGUGUCUGGGGUCGAUGCGAAGGCUGGACCUGUUGCGUCGUCGAAGGCGGGUGCUGGGCCUUUGUUGCUUGCGAAGAAGUCGAUGGGCGUGUUGCCUAAGAAGGCAGCGGAAGGUGGCGCGAAGGCGGCGGCUGAAGCGGGUUUGAAGGCAGGGGAGGGCGAGUCAGAGGCGAAGGCAGUAGAAGGCGGCGAUGCGAAGAGCGUGUCUGGGGUCGAUGCGAAGGCUGGACCUGUUGCGUCGUCGAAGGCGGGUGCUGGGCCUGCGUUGCUUGCGAAGAAGUCGAUGGGCGUGUUGCCUAAGAAGGCAGCGGAAGGUGGCGCGAAGGCGGCGGCUGAAGCGGGUUUGAAGGCAGGGGAGGGCGAGUCAGAGGCGAAGGCAGCAGAAGGCGGCGAUGCGAAGAGCGUGUCUGGGGUCGAUGCGAAGGCUGGACCUGUUGCGUCGUCGAAGGCGGGUGCUGGGCCUGCGUUGCUUGCGAAGAAGUCGAUAGGUUUGUUGCCUAAGAAGGCAGCGGAAGCUGGCGCGAAGGCGGCGGCUGAAGCGGGUUUGAAGGCAGGGGAGGUCGAGUCAGAGGCGAAGGCAGCAGAAGGCGCCGAUGCGAAGGCUGGACCUGUUGCGUCGUCGAAGGCGGGUGCUGGGCCUUUGUUGCUUGCGAAGAAGUCGAUGGGUUUGUUGCCUAAGAAGGCAGCGGAACCCCCCCCCCCCCCGGCGGCUGAAGCGGGUUUGAAGGCAGGGGAGGUCGAGUCAGAGGCGAAGGCAGCAGAAGGCGGCGAUGCGAAGAGCGUGUCUGGAGUCGAUGCGAAGGCUGGACCUGUUGCGUCGUCGAAGGCGGGUGCUGGGCCUGCGUUGCUUGCGAAGAAGUCGAUAGGUUUGUUGCCUAAGAAGGCAGCGGAAGCUGGCGCGAAGGCGGCGGCUGAAGCGGGUUUGAAGGCAGGGGAGGGCGAGUCAGAGGCGAAGGCAGCAGAAGGCGGCGAUGCGAAGAGCGUGUCUGGGGUCGAUGCGAAGGCUGGACCUGUUGCGUCGUCGAAGGCGGGUGCUGGGCCUGCGUUGCUUGCGAAGAAGUCGAUGGGCGUGCUGCCUAAGAAGGCAGCGGAAGCUGGCGCGAAGGCGGCGGCUGAAGCGGGUUUGAAGGCAGGGGAGGGCGAGUCAGAGGCGAAGGCAGCAGAAGGCGGCGAUGCGAAGAGCGUGUCUGGGGUCGAUGCGAAGGCUGGACCUGUUGCGUCGUCGAAGGCGGGUGCUGGGCCUGCGUUGCUUGCGAAGAAGUCGGUGGGCGUGUUGCCUAAGAAGGCAGCGGAAGCUGGCGCGAAGGCGGCGGCUGAAGCGGGUUUGAAGGCAGGGGAGGUCGAGUCAGAGGCGAAGGCAGCAGAAGGCGCCGAUGCGAAGGCUGGACCUGUUGCAUCGUCGAAGGCAGGGCCUGGGCCUGCGUUGCUGACGAAGAAGUCGAUAGGUUUGUUGCCUAGGAAGGCAGCGGAACCUGGCGCGAAGGCGGCGGCUGAAGCGGGUUUGAAGGCAGGGGAGGGCGAGUCAGAGGCGAAGGCAGCAGAAGGCGGCGAUGCGAAGAGCGUGUCUGGGGUCGAUGCGAAGGCUGGACCUGUUGCGUCGUCGAAGGCGGGUGCUGGGCCUGCGUUGCUUGCGAAGAAGUCAAUGGGCGUGUUGCCUAAGAAGGCAGCGGAAGGUGGCGCGAAGGCGGCGGCUGAAGCGGGUUUGAAGGCAGGGGAGGUCGAGUCAGAGGCGAAGGCAGCAGAAGGCGCCGAUGCGAAGGCUGGACCUGUUGCGUCGUCGAAGGCGGGUGCUGGGCCUGCGUUGCUUUUGAAGAAGUCAAUGGGCGUGUUGCCUAAGAAGGCAGCGGAACCUGGCGCGAAGGCGGCGGCUGAAGCGGGUUUGAAGGCAGGGGAGGGCGAGUCAGAGGCGAAGGCAGCAGAAGGCGGCGAUGCGAAGAGCGUGUCUGGGGUCGAUGCGAAGGCUGGACCUGUUGCGUCGUCGAAGGCGGGUGCUGGGCCUGCGUUGCUGACGAAGAAGUCGAUGGGCGUGUUGCCUAAGAAGGCAGCGGAAGCUGGCGCGAAGGCGGCGGCUGAAGCGGGUUUGAAGGCAGGGGAGGGCGAGUCAGAGGCGAAGGCAGCAGAAGGCGGCGAUGCGAAGGCUGGACCUGUUGCGUCGUCGAAGGCGGGUGCUGGGCCUUUGUUGCUUGCGAAGAAGUCGAUGGGCGUGUUGCCUAAGAAGGCAGCGGAAGGUGGCGCGAAGGCGGCGGCUGAAGCGGGUUUGAAGGCAGGGGAGGGCGAGUCAGAGGCGAAGGCAGUAGAAGGCGGCGAUGCGAAGAGCGUGUCUGGGGUCGAUGCGAAGGCUGGACCUGUUGCGUCGUCGAAGGCGGGUGCUGGGCCUGCGUUGCUUGCGAAGAAGUCGAUGGGCGUGUUGCCUAAGAAGGCAGCGGAAGGUGGCGCGAAGGCGGCGGCUGAAGCGGGUUUGAAGGCAGGGGAGGGCGAGUCAGAGGCGAAGGCAGCAGAAGGCGGCGAUGCGAAGAGCGUGUCUGGGGUCGAUGCGAAGGCUGGACCUGUUGCGUCGUCGAAGGCGGGUGCUGGGCCUGCGUUGCUUGCGAAGAAGUCGAUGGGCGUGCUGCCUAAGAAGGCAGCGGAAGCUGGCGCGAAGGCGGCGGCUGAAGCGGGUUUGAAGGCAGGGGAGGGCGAGUCAGAGGCGAAGGCAGCAGAAGGCGGCGAUGCGAAGAGCGUGUCUGGGGUCGAUGCGAAGGCUGGACCUGUUGCGUCGUCGAAGGCGGGUGCUGGGCCUGCGUUGCUUGCGAAGAAGUCGGUGGGCGUGUUGCCUAAGAAGGCAGCGGAAGCUGGCGCGAAGGCGGCGGCUGAAGCGGGUUUGAAGGCAGGGGAGGUCGAGUCAGAAGCGAAGGCAGCAGAAGGCGCCGAUGCGAAGGCUGGACCUGUUGCAUCGUCGAAGGCAGGGCCUGGGCCUGCGUUGCUGACGAAGAAGUCGAUAGGUUUGUUGCCUAGGAAGGCAGCGGAACCUGGCGCGAAGGCGGCGGCUGAAGCGGGUUUGAAGGCAGGGGAGGGCGAGUCAUAG